UCUUCGGUCUCUCUGUUCGGUUCUUUUUCUAGUGAUAUCAAUCGUUGUGGUUAUACAUACCCCUCUUUUCUCUGUUUGCCCUCGCUCUUUACACGCAUUUACACUGCUUACAAUUUGCCUGCUUACGGCUUUCCAUCGCUUCGAUUUUAUUGUCAGAUUGUCAGAUUGAAUCGUCUAUUUCCUGCUGGUCGGGAACGAUAAAGAAACUAUUCAUUAUUGAUUGAUUGCGCUGAAUCCGACAAAGCACAUUGUGCUGACAGCCCCAAACAACACGCUUAACAACGCGUCUGGUUUAUACAAAUCACUGCAAAAGUGAUACAUCACUCUGUCGAGCUAUCUAUUUCAUCGUGUUAUUGGGAUAUCUAUCAUCCCACAUCCAUGACCCAACAACAUCCGUAUACUUCAACCACCACCACCACCACCAUGGAUCCCAAACCCACCACCCUAAACUCGCUUAACCAAGCGGCCCUCAACGAAUUUGUCAAGCUCCCCGUGUCCCGGGACAUGGUCUGCCAUCUCGCCCGUCAAGCAUCACAGGUAAUCCGCUGCGAAUCACCACCAGCCAGCCCUCAGCAACCAACACCCCCCAGCACACCCCCAACAGACGAUGCCCUGGACAACAGCGACAUGCCCUCACUGCCCUCCGUGGAAACCUUCAUCGCCUCCAUCGUCACCCGCUCGCAAGUCCAGGUGCCAACCCUCAUGGCCUCCCUAGUCUUCCUGGAGCGUCUGCGUGCACGACUCCCACCCGUCGCCAAGGGCAUGCGCUGCACCGUGCACCGUAUCUUCCUGGCCAGUCUGAUCCUGGCCGCGAAGAACCUCAACGACUCGAGUCCCAAGAACAAGCACUGGGCGAGGUAUACGGUCGUCAAGGGGUAUGAUGGGUUCGGGUUCUCGCUCCCCGAAGUGAACCUUAUGGAGAGGCAGUUGCUCUUCCUGCUUGAUUGGGAGACUCGUGUUACGGAGGAUGAACUGUUCACGCACCUGGAGCCGUUCUUGGGUCCGAUUCGUCGCCGGUUCCAGAUUCAGGAACAUGAGAAGAAGAAGAGGCAGCAGGAACUGUACAGACAAUCGCGUCUGCAGCUCUCGCCUGAAAGUCUUCGUUAUCAGACUCCAUCUACACCAUCCCGCCAUGGUAGCCCCCGUCGACACCCCGAGCACUCGCCCACUCCUGCCUCGCGGCACUCGAUGAUUGCAACGCCGUACACACACCGGCGUGCAAACCGCUCCAUCUCUCCCCCAUCUAUCAAGGACGUGCCACCCCUCUCCCGCGCAGAGACAUUUACAUCGCUCAGCUCUUGUGCCUCCAGCAUGACUACUUCCUCACGGGGUACACCGGCAUCAAUCAGCUCAUCCAACGGCGUCGACGAAGUCAUGGUCGCAGACAGUGGCAACAGCCCCCAUCUAUACACAGCUAACUACAUGACCAUGCCCCCGAAGGCAGAUGCCAAGAUGCACUCCCACCCGCACUCACACUCCCUUUCAAGUGAUGGCGUGAGCAACAAAAAAAUGCGUCUUGGUCACCACUCCGGGGGAUCAAGUCUCGUUGCGAAAUUCCUGGCAUCGGCUUCGUAUAUGGGUGGACGGAUUGGGAGGACUUAGGUUCUGUUUCUGUUUUCUUUUGUGAUGUGUCGGUCUUUUUAUUGAGCUGGUCUCGUGCUUUUGUUUUUGAUGAUUUGUCUGAUCUGGUUUGAUCUGAUUUUAUGAUCUAUAAUACCCUAUUUCCUAUUAUUAUUAUUAUUAUUAUUAUAUAUAUAUAUAUAUAUAUAUAUAUAUUAUGUUGAAAAUUUGUUUUAUGCAUUGACGGCGUUGCAAUUGGUGGAUGUUGUUUUGGUUAUGAUUGAUUCCCUGGAUGCUACAUGUUAUGCUAUGUUAUGCCU